AUGCCGCCAUCGCACGUGAUAGGGAAUACAUCACUCGCCUUCUCGAGAGCGUGGCACUCGGUCGACGCAAAGGACCGCGUACUCGGCCGACUGGCUGGCAGCAUAGCCCACACGCUCAUGGGCAAGCACAAGCCUGUGUACGAUCCAGCAGCCGACUGCGGCGACUAUGUCAUCGUCAAGAACGCUACAAAGGUCCUCACCACCGGCAACAAAGCUGAACAGAUGGUCUACCGCUCCCACACGGCUUACGCUGGUGGUCUCAAGGAAAUCAGCUUCAAGCGCAUGUCUCAGAACAAACCAGACGAAAUUAUUCGCAAGGCUGUUAGAGGCAUGCUGCCAAACAACCCCACGCGCAAAUUCCUCUUAGACCGCCUGCUAAUUUUCACCGGUGACGUCGUUCCCGAUUCUGUGCAGGGGAAUGUGUCAAAAGACUACACAGCAGGUGAUACGCCUCAGGCGCAGGCCAGUCAAGGCUGGAAGGGCAUUGGCGGUAGGAGAAGUAAGGAAGGUGGUCCUAGAUGGCACAAGAGUAGUUAUGGUAGGGCAUAA